AUGGUUGUUUUAGCAGCAUCAAUUUGUACCCGUGGUGGUAAGGCUCUUAUAUCGAGACAAUUUAGAGACAUUUCCAAGGAUAGAAUUACUGCUUUACUUGCUUAUUUUCCAAGUUUGAUUUCCAAUUCAACAAGUCAACAUACUAGCGUUGAAGACGAUAAUGUGAGAUAUGUGUACCAACCAUUAGAAGAGUUUUACAUUGUUUUGAUUACAAACAAGAGCUCGAACAUUUUACAGGAUAUCGAUACAUUGCACUUGUUUGCUUCAACUAUAAGUAACUUGUUGAGAAAUAUCGACGAACGUGAAUUAUUCGAGAAUGCCUUUGAUAUAAUCGAUGCCUUUGACGAAGUUAUCAAUUUGGGCUAUAAGGAGAAUUUGACCAUUAGUCAAGUGCUGACUUUCUUGGAAAUGGACUCCCACGAGGAGAAGAUACAGGAAAUUAUCGAAAGAAACAAGGAAUUGGAAGCAACAGAGGAAAGGAAAAGAAGAGCAAAGGAGAUACAGAGAAAGGAGUUGGCUAGACAGCAUAUGAGUAUGGGUGGCCCUGGCUCACUGGAUUUCGGUUAUGGAAUGAACAAGCCUUCAAUACAACCUACUUAUCAACCCACACCAACUAUUGAAACUGCACAUGAAUCUAAAUCCAAUUUCACUUCCUCUACUACUUCCGCUAGUGGUAGACCAAGAGGUGGUGGAUUACAAUUGGGUAAGAAACCAACCAAGAGCGUACCUGGUCACGCAAUGUUGGGAAAGGGAACGAUUAACGAACCGUUACUUUCGAACCAGCCACUAUUCACCCAUCAUUCACAACAGCAGCUACAAAAACAAACAUCUUCUACUCUGGUAUCCAAAAGUGCAUCACCUGCUGCUCCUCAAACUCAGAGGAUUGUUAAUAAUGGCAUCUUAAUCACCAUAAAUGAAAAGGUUAAUGCUAAAUUAACUCGUGAAGGCUCAAUCACUUCUUCCGAAGUCAAGGGAGAUUUGCAGUUGAGAAUAAAUGACCUGAGUUUAGCAAACUGUAGAUUAUUAUUGAAAAUCCAUGACAAGGCAGAUAAAAAACAGUUCAAGAUCCAUCCUAAUGUUGAUCGUAAUUUGGUACUCAAUGAAAAUAUAAUUGUCGUUAAGGACAAGUCCAAAACAUUUCGAUCUGAUGAUCAAGCCACGGGGAUUUUCAAAUGGAGAUAUGUUGGCAAAUCUGAUGAUACUAGUUCCGUGCCAUUAUUGAUUACCGCGUGGGUAAACAUCGAUGAUAAUUCACAGGCCCAAGUUACCUUGGAAUAUGAAUUAGCUGGAGAUUUCGUUGAUGCGCACAAGUCCAAUGGCGGUUUCUCUGUAUGUGAUGUAAAGAUAUUAGUCCCAGUAGUAAACCAUGAUUUGUCGUUACUGGAGAAUGAAUUGAUAUCGUAUGAUAUAUUGGAGCAAACGGGAACGGUUUUCACAAUUUCGAAAAUUGAUCUCGAAGAGCCUCUGGGAUCGUUUGAGUUUAGUGUGCCUAUAGAGAAUGCCGAAGAGGGAGAGGAGUCAUUGUUUCCUAUGGAAUUACAAUACGAUAUUAUUAACACGGAGUUAGUCGAGGGAGAUGUCUCAUUAGGUGGUAUAUCAAUAACCGAUGUUGUUACAAAUGACGAUGAGGAGAAAUCGUUACCUUUUGAGUUACAUUCAAAUAUUAUUUCUGAUAGUUAUAUAGUGCAAUAG